AUGACCUUAGGUCUCGACCUGGGCCACCCUACUAUAGCUCAUGGGACUGUCUCUCCUGCUGCUGCUAUAAAUGCAGAAAUAAUACCAGUACAGCUUGCCGCGCAGCCUACUCCUGCUACCGUAGGCACUCUCCAACGGGAUAGUCUUGCAGCUGAUAGAACCGUCGCUCCUGCUGUAGCAAUACAGGCACAGCCUGCUGCGCCGCUAGCUUCCCCUAUCCUUGACACUCCCAUUAAACGGGAUAGUUCUACACUAUUACCCUUCACGACCCUCGCACGAUGCCGAAUCGAUACUCUCAACUCCAUGGGCAAGGAGAUGCAAGCCCAUGUCGUUGGCCCGAUGUCAGUAGAGAACUUUCUCGACGAGUUCCUACCGAACCCUGAAGAUUAUGACACCUCGGACUUUGCUUCGCGCUUCGCUUCGGCCUCCAAUGCCGAAGUAUUCAAUAUGCAAUCCAUCAGGAAAGAAGAGGAUGCUUACGAACCAUUCAUUGACGCCAUACGACCUUUCGCUCCGCAAUUAUCGUUUGUGAACACUUCCAAACAUGCAGACAUGAAGAACUGUUCAUCAUUCACCUUCAAUGUCAAGCCGGACGUAUGCGUAUACGCCGAUGGAACAUCACACGGCUGUGACAUUUCCAAAAUCCGAAGUCAUCAUCGAAUUCAAAUGGACUGA